AUGAUUCUUAAUAAUGAACAAAAAACGAAUUCAACACAAAAAGAUAAAUCAUAUUCAUUAAUUGUAAAUUAUUUACCACAAUCAAUAAAAGAAAGUCAUUUAGCAGAGAUAUUUUCACCAAUAGGACCAUUAAAAUCUUGUAAAUUAAUGCAAGAUAAACAAACAGGUUAUUCAUAUGGUUUUGCUUUUAUUGAAUAUUUAAAUGGUGAAAAAGAUGGUAAAAUUGCUUGUGAAAAAUUAAAUGGUUUACAAAUAGGUCAUAAAACAAUUCAAGUAACUCAAGCUCGACCACAAUCCAAUGAAACACGCAAUACAAAAUUAUAUGUGAAAGGUUUUCCAGAUUCAUUUUCAGAAAAAGAAUUUUAUGAAUUAUUUUGUCCAUUUGGUGAAAUAGUUCAAAUAAGAAUAUUAAAAGAUAAAUUAAUUGCUUUUGUUAUUAUGUCAACACGAAGUCAAGCUCAAACUGCCAAAGAUCAUCUUCAUGGUCUUGAAAUUAGUUCAAAUAAUAUUCUUAAUAUAAAAUUUCCUCAAACAGAUUCCAGAAGACGACAAAUGGCAUGUUCAUUAACUUAUCCAUCUUUAAAUUUUUAUACUUAUCCAAUUGUUGUUGAUCAAUAUUAUUUAUCUUCUCCUUCUCCUCCUUCAAUAAAAACUCAUUCAAUCUAUGUUUAUGGUUUAAGUCAAACUGUUAAUCAAUCCGAAUUAUCAAGAUUAUUUUCUGAAUUUGGACAUGUAUCACGUGUUGAUAUUAUUAUGGAUAAUAAUACAGGUCUUUCAAAAGGUUAUGGAUUUAUUCAAAUGGAAAAAUAUGAUGAAGCAUUAAGAGCUAUUGAACAACUUAAUAAUUAUCAAUUUCAUGGAAGAUAUCUUCAAGUUCGAUUUAAAAAUUCAUCAAAUAACAAUCAAAUUAUUUAUUAA